AUGAGGAAGCGCGGUCCAUUAUGUCGAGCGUCGAAUCGUGACUCAGUUCGAAACACUUAUCAAUCCUAUCAAUCCAAACGAGCCUGUCAAUUGCAACGACCGGUAGUGAAAGAAGGGUCUCUUCCAGCCAAGCAUGUCAACAAAACCCCAAUCGAGAUGACGGGAGCGCAAGUCAACAGAAUCGCGGGAAGUGCUGAGACAGCUCACGCUAUUGGCAUCCACGACGCCCAACCCCAGCUGCUGGCGAAUUCGCGAUUACUCUGGUUGCACCCGGGCCGGUUCAGCCCAGGUCGUUCGUAUCUAUGGGAUCAGUACCUCAACCGCUUCUGCAGGACCUUUCCAAGCUAUGCCGGACCUCAAAAUCCUUUUCUGUCCGUUCUAGUCCCCAUGGCCCUGCAGUCCAACAUGCUGUUCGAGGCAUUAAUUGCCAUGAGCGGAGCGCAAACUUGGGGAAGUGCGUCGCUUGAGCUGCGCGAAGAGACUCUUGAAGCGAAGCACAAUGCCUUGAAGGCUUGCAGGGAGCUUCUGAACGGCCCGACAUGCUCUCAUAUCAGUCGCUCUAGGACCGAGAGGGAUGCCAUCGGCUCCGUGGCGGUCUCCAGCGGAUCAAGCACUAAUGGUUCUAUCACAAUGGAUACGCAGCUGAUCGUGCUCCUUGCGACAGUCACCAUGCUUUUACUCUACGAGAAAUUCACCGGUGAAGGUGAGAAAAAUUGGAAACCACAUCUCAACUUCAUCAAUCACGUCUUCGCCUUGACAGACAUCCCGAGGGGAUCAAACAAGUUCAACAUUGCAAUGUGCUUCCUCCAUGGGCUCUUCACGUACAAUGACCUGGUCGGAUCGACCUCUCUCAGAAGUGCUCCGCUAUCAACUUUCUAUGUUCAGGCCUGUGAGGCAGAUCCGACCUACGGUAGUUCACACGCGACCAGUAUACCUUCACCACAUCCCCCACUUGGAUCCGUCGACCGCCAAAAUUGGCUGACAUGUUCGGACCGCGGUGGACGUCGAUUUGGUGCUUACCAGUUCCCCAGCAUGAUUGCUAGGAUAAGCUCAGGCGAUACAUCAUUAAGCAUGACAGAUAUCAUUCAGUGGGACGGCCGAAUGGAUUGGUUCCCGAGCUUCUGCUUGAAAGACAACGAGUCGUGCUAUUUGGCUAACAGAGAAUCACACGAAGAGGCAAGCAUAAUAGUUGAGCUCUACCGGAAGACAGCCAUGAUAUACUAUGAACAGAGGCUGCUCCGAGACCAUCAACAAAUCACUCUAAGCACGACACCACUCCGCCGUACCGCUCAACGUGGACACGGCAAAGGAGGAGAAUCAGACUUGCCUUACAGCCAGCAUAUACGAGCAAUCGAACUCAUCAAGCUCAUUCCCGCCCACUCGCCGUAUGAGAAUUCUCUUCUUUGGCCGAUCAGCAUCAUCGCCCCGGAUUUGCAAUAUCACCAUACCGCCGAGAGACAGUAUCUUUUCAAGAAAUUGGAGUGGUUGGAGCGAAGAUUCCAGAUGAAGCAGUUUCACUGCAUGCGACAAUUCUUGCGUGAUUUCUGGACCAGGGCGGAUGAAAGCCACGCGUUAAAAGAUAUGAUAUCAUUCUCGAUGCUGCAAGGGUGA